UCUACCUCCUCGCUGGCUACCGCCGCCACCGCGGCUGCCACCGCCCGAGCGACGUUCCUCGACGCCCUCUCUCGAACGCGCGCGCCGCAGUUGCUGCUGGAGACGACAUUGCUCGUUGGUGUGAAGCUCGGACUGGUGGUAGCGGCAAAAUCCGCCGGGUUCGUCGUUGAACAUGUCACUAUUUUUCUUCUCUCCGUCACGAUUUUGGCCGCCAGCUGCUGCGUGACCCCCGUCUUGACCCCCGGAUGCCCCCCCACUGCCCCCGCCGCGCCGGCCCAUGCCGGACGCGGCGAGAGCGAGCUCCACCUCGCGCCUCUCCCCCUUGCUCCUCUCGCGCUCCAUCUCCACGUGGGCGUCCCUCACCACAGUCUCAAGGGCGAAGGGCCUCUGA